GGAGUGGUUAAUGCUGUGAGGCUGGGGAGCUCUGUGGUGCCGAAGGGGUUAAUGCUUUGAGAUCGGGGAGCUCUUUGGUGCAGGAGGGGUUAAUGCUGUGAUGCUGAGGAGCUCUGUGGUACAGGAGGGGUUAAAGCUGUGAGGCUGGUGAGCUCAGUGGUGCAGGAAGGGUUAAUGCUGUGAGGCUGGUGAGCUCAGUGGUGCAGGAAGGGUUAAUGCUGUGAGGCUGGUGAGCUCAGUGGUGCAGGAAGGGUUAUUGUUGUGAGGCUGGUGAGCUCAGUGGUGCAGGAAGGGUUAAUGCUGUGAUGCUGAGGAGCUCUGUGGUAGAGGAGGGGUUAAAGCUGUGAGGCUGGUGAGCUCUAUGGUGCAGGAAGGGUUAAUGCUGUGAGGCUGGUGAGCUCAGUGGUGCAGGAAGGGUUAAUGCUGUGAUGCUGAGGAGCUCUGUGGUAGAGGAGGGGUUAAAGCUGUGAGGCUGGUGAGCUCUAUGGUGCAGGAAGGGUUAAUGCUGUGAGGCUGGUGAGCUCAGUGGUGCAGGAAGGGUUAAUGCUGUGAGGCUGGUGAGCUCAGUGGUGCAGAAGGGGUUAAUGCUGUGAGGCUGGUGAGCUCAGUGGUGCAGGAGGGGUUAAUGCUGUGAGGCUGGUGAGCUCAGUGGUGCAGGAAGGGUUAAUGCUGUGAUGCUGAGGAGCUCUGUGGUACAGGAGGGGUUAAAGCUGUGAGGCUGGUGCGCUCAGUGGUGCAGAAGGGGUUAAUGCUGUGAGGCUGGUGAGCUCAGGGGUGCAGGAGGGGUUAAUGCUGUGAGGCUGGUGAGCUCAGUGGUGCAGGAGGGGUUAAUGCUGUGAGGCUGGUGAGCUCAGUGGUGCAGGAGGGGUUAAUGCUGUGAGGCUGGUGAGCUCAGUGGUGCAGGAGGGGUUAAUGCUGUGAGGCUGGUGAGCUCAGUGGUGCAGGAGGGGUUAAUGCUGUGAGGCUGGUGAGCUCAGUGGUGCAGGAAGGGUUAAUGCUGUGAGGCUGAGCUCAGUGAGCUCUCUGGUGCAGGAGGGGUUAAUGUUGUGACCACACAGCAGAAAGCAGGCAUGGAGGACCCACAAUGCUUUGCGGCCAUUGGGGGCUGAGGACUACACUGCCCACAAUGCCCGGCGCUGGCCCCGCCCUCUGUCUCAGUGGCUCUCCAUCUGCAGAGUGCAGUGGUGCUCGGGGCUCGGUCCUCCUCCCGCUGCCCUGCCCCCUCAUCCUCUGCCGUUACUCGGCUCUCGCGGCCUCCCGCGGCUCCGUCCUCGCCCCUCCCCCGCCCCCUCCCUCCGCUGCCCCUUCCCUCCUUUCCCGCUGUCUUCCUCGUCUGUCAGCGCAUCCUGAGCAGCCCCCCUGCUGUAGAGAUACUCCGUGCGGCCAUUGACACAGCGCAUCCUGUCAGCCCUGUGACGUCACCCUCUCCGGCUCCUCUUCUCUGCUGCAGCUGCUGGACCUGACAACCCCUCCCUCCAGAUUUCUACUCUCGGGGUUCGUCGGCUCUCAUCACCCCCUCCCUUUACACAGGUCUGUUGAAGAACAAGAGGAAGUCAGGAGCCCCCCAGGGACAACCCCGUACAGGUAUUCCGUCAAGCUCCGUGUGAUGUCAUCAAAUGUCGUCAAAGCUGCUUCUCCAUUGGCUAGCGCUGUGACAGGUGCGAUGGAGCUAUCUGUGGCGCAGUGGCUUCUCGUGGUCUGUCUGGUGGCCUUCCCGCUGCUCUACGAAUGGAGCGUCUCUUUCAAGUACUUCUGCAAGGUGGCGUUCUACAAUGGCUGGAUCCUGACGCUGGCCAUCAUGGCUAUUCCCAUAUGUGCAGUGCGGGGGCGCAAUGUGGAGAACAUGAAAGUACUUCGAUUCAUGCUCUUGCAUAUUAAAUAUCUCUACGGAAUUAAGAUCGAGGUCCGCGGCUGGGAAAACUUCAACAUCAAGGAGCCAUAUGUCAUCGUGUCAAAUCACCAGAGCUCAUUGGAUCUGCUGGGGAUGAUGGAGAUCCUGCCUGGUCGCUGUGUGCCCAUUGCCAAGCGUGAGCUGAUGUACGCUGGCACUGCCGGGCUGGCGUGCUGGCUGGCCGGAGUCAUCUUCAUCAACCGCAAAAAAACUGAUGACGCCAUCAGUGUGAUGAUAGAGGCGGCGGAGACCAUGCUGAAGGAGGAUGUACGUGUGUGGGUAUUUCCAGAGGGGACUCGAAAUCACAGCGGGUCACUGCUGCCCUUUAAACGAGGGGCCUUUCAUCUGGCCGUGCAAGCCCAGGUCCCAGUAAUUCCAGUCGUCAUGUCUUCCUAUAAGGAUUUCUACUGCAAGAAAGACAAAAAGUUCUCUACAGGAAAGUGUACGGUGCAGAUUCUUCCAGGCGUGCCCACCAGGGGGCUGUGUGCUGACGACGUCCCCGACCUCGCUGACAAAGUCCGAGGGCUGAUGCUUGAGACAUUCACUCACAUUUCGAAUGAGCGCCCAGGAAAAGAGCCUGGGGGUGGACAUUGA